AUGUCGUCUUACUCCGACCUUCCUGGUUCACCCCAGUCGCCUGGCAGUAUGUCUUCGAGGAGAGUCACAAACAGGAACACCAAUAGGUACAGCGUCACAGCCCUGUUUAGCAUGGCGGCUGAGCAGGACGUUGAAGUUGAAGAUGAGUUGGGCCGAGCGCAAAAACGACUAAGAGAGCUGAAGUCACGCAUCUCAGCUCAGUCAAAGCGGAACUUUGUACUGGAGCGCGAUGUUCGCUUUCUUGACUCUCGGAUUGGCCUGCUAAUCCAGAACCGGAUGGCUCUUGACGAGCAAAACGAAGUGGAGAAACAUCUUGAGGAGGUGGACGCAACUGAGGGCCACUACCCCGAUGAUCGAAAGCUACAGCAAUAUUCAAACUUGUUCUUCCUGUUGCAGUCCGAGCCACGGCAUAUCGCGAAUUUGUGCCGACUUGUCAGUCUUACAGAGAUCGAUACCCUCUUGCAGACUGUCAUGUUCACACUAUAUGGAAACCAGUACGAGAGUCGCGAGGAGCAUUUGCUCCUGACGAUGUUUCAGUCCGUGCUAUCUUCACAAUUCGAAACCGCAACCGAGUUUGGCUCUCUCCUAAGGGCUAAUACACCAGUGUCUCGUAUGAUGACUACAUACACUCGCCGCGGACCUGGCCAGAGCUAUCUCAAGAGCGUUCUCGCCGAGCGUAUCAAUAGUCUCAUUGAGCAUAAAGACCUGAACCUGGAGAUAAACCCGGUCAAAGUUUACGAGCAGAUGAUAAUCCAGAUCGAGGAGGAGACCGGUUCUCUCCCGCCUAACCUUCCACGAGGAGUACCACCAGAGGUUGCGUCAGCAAACGCUGACGUACAGGCUAUCAUUGCGCCACGCUUGACCAUGCUCAUGGAGAUCGCGAACAGCUUUCUGCUGACGAUCAUCGACAGUAUGGAUACCGUUCCUUAUGGUAUCAGGUGGAUCUGCAAACAGAUUAGGAGCUUGACGCGGCGUAAAUAUCCCGAUGCAACAGAUUAUGCUAUCUGUUCGCUCAUCGGCGGGUUUUUCUUCUUGCGUUUUAUUAACCCAGCUAUCGUAACUCCUCAAGCGUAUAUGCUUGUCGAGGGCGUACCGGCUAAGUUCCCCCGAAGGACGCUAACUCUGAUCGCUAAGAUGUUGCAAAAUCUCGCGAACAAACCUUCGUAUGCCAAGGAAGCUUACAUGAUUACUCUUAAUCCAUUUGUGGAGAACAACAAAGCGCGUAUCAACCAGUUCCUGAAUAACCUUUGUGAAGUUGGGGACUUUUAUGAUACGCUCGAGAUGGAUCAGUACAUGGCUUUAUCAAAGAAGGAUCUCAUGAUUAACAUCACGCUUAACGAACUAUACAACACACACUCUUUAAUUCUUCAGCACAUUGAGGUGUUGGCGCCCAAUGACAAGCAGCACUUGCGCAUCUUAACCGACGAACUUGGUGCUGCACCUUCUCAAGUUCCUAGGAAAGAAAAUCGAGCAAUCGAGCUAUCACUUUACAGCCGAUGGGAGACGCCCAUACAAGAUAUUCAGAGUGCACUCAUGGACUCCGUCUCAACCACGGACAUGCUUUACAUGGAGGCCAAAUCGAAUCUCGUGCAGCUCAUCAGAUCGCUCCCGCAGAUCAACGACAAGCGACCAUACAACCUCUCUCAACUGGCCGAGCACGCUGCGACAUCCUCGAAGGACGCCACGCUUGUUCGUAAAGGCAUCAAAGUAAAAGAAAUGUUGCGCGAGCUCGAGGAGUACAAGGUGAUAGAUCAAGCCGAUGGGUAUAGGCUGAUGCAGGAGGAGGUUGCAGCAGAGCUCGUCCAUCUUGGGAAUCUGCGCGAGAAGGUAAUCUUGGAGACGAAGUCGCUAGAGGCGGUCUAUAAGACUAUCUGCGAUCACAACAACUAUUUGCGUGGCCAGCUGGAGCAGUACAAGGCAUAUUUGCAGAAUGUACGGCUCACGGCGACUAAGGAUAGGGGCGCUACGUCUGGUGUGGGUGUUGUCACUGUAGGAGGAAAGGAGAAGAAGGCUGCAAAACCUAUUGUGCACGGUCCUUAUCGGUUUACGCACGCCCAGCUAGAGAAAGAGGGUAUUAUUGUUGAGAGCAAUGUGCCUGACAACCGGCGACCGAAUAUAUAUUUCAAUUUCACAUCCCCAACUCCGGGUACCUUCAUCAUCGCGCUGCAUUACAAAGGCCGUGAAAAGGCAAUCCUAGAGAUGGACCUGAAUAUCGAUGAUCUGCUGGAAAAGCAAAAGGACAAUAAGCACCUUCUUGAUCUGGAAUAUGUCCAGCUCAAUGUGCCGAAGGUCCUCACUCUUCUCAACAAGAUUUUUGCUAAACGAUAA